CGUGUGUUAAGGGUCCUUGCCAGUUUUGCCAAGCUUGCCUAACAUGGGAUCCCAAUCACAGGCGGAGGCUCCGUAGAACCUGGACACAUGGUUAUACAACAGAUGAACUCUAGUUAGUAGGUCCCAGCUCUGAAAGUGGUUGAUACUGCCCGUCAGGUCAGCUCUGUGGCCGACGGUGAAGAUGUACACAGUGUAGUCCUCCCAGUAGCAGUAGGUUCCCCCGUUCCCUUCCCACUACCGCACUCUCCAUUGAUGCUGCCUUGGAGCUGGAGGCCAUCAUUACCAAUCACCCUUGGGAUGGUUCAGGCCUGAAGUGAGGAGGUUGCAUCUUCAUUUUGUCCUUCAUCAGGAGGCGAAGGAUCCAGCACAAUUCGAUCUUUUCUCUUUAUUAGAAACCACUACAAGACAGUACACCAGACCCUGUCUGGAAAUGCCAUGACCAUGAGGAUGACCCUCUGAGCACAAAGGGUCUACCAAACCGGUUGACUGCAUUGUUGCCGUUGCAACGGUCUUCGCCAAAGCGACCGUUGUAAUCGGCAAACCCUUCCCUCGGCAUUGGUGUCCACAGAGAAUUCAACAUGGUGUCAUCUCUUGCAUGAACUGAGGCAAGCAGAGUUAGCAAUGACCACCGAAACAACUUAACUGAUCAACCAUGGAGACUGGAGACAAGAUCACGUCCCUUUUGACCAUUCCGUAGCUUAUUCAGCAUCAUCCAAAAUCACCGCCCUCAACUAUUUGCCAUGCCGCCGAUAUCAUCUGUUUGUUACCUGAAACGAGAAACGCGGCGAUCAUUGGCCAUAACACUCGCCAUCUUUUCCCUGGUUGCGUAUGAUUUCGCCUUUGUGUUCUUGCUGAUUCUACCAUUGGUCGAAGGCGGCGUUUGGAGCAGCUACGAUAGUGGCCAUUGCGAAGGCCUUUGUGAAAACAGUCACCAAUGUGACCAUACCAUGGCCGAGCGACCUGUCAUUCAACAACCAGUCAACACGUGGACCAAUCUAGCCUUUAUUUUGGUAGGCAUUUGGCCCAUUGUUGCCAUUCGACAAGAUAUCAGCACGGUCGUCUUUUUCCUGGUCAAGACAUUUGUGGGAAUCUCCAGCUUUGUCUUUCACGCAUCCAUUACAACAUUUUGGCAACACCUGGAUGCGGCAGCGGUACAAACAAGUCUCUGCACACUGGUCUUCCAUGGCAUCCACUGUGUGUCUGCGAGAAGAAUAUCGUGGGCUUGGCUCGCACCAAUCAACCUCGCCACGGCGAUUGUCCUUUGCGUCUUCAAAAAGGAAAUAGAUGACGAAGUUGGACAUUUAAACACCUGGAUCUUCUUCGUAUCGGUCCUUCUCUUCCUGGCGUGUUGCUUGCUCUGUGCUAAUGGUAUACAAAUAUUCCGUCGACGUCAGCCAGGGGGAGAGGAAAUGGCAAUGCUGGGAGAUGAUGACCAAAGUCAAGGAACUACGUCAUCUUCCGAGCAACUACCCACUUCGAAAUGGAAAUCCUGUUUCUGGAUGCUGGGGACGGCCAUGGCACCCAUGAUCAUUUUUGCUGGCGCAGUCGUCCUGAACCGGUUCAGCAAAAAUCGAUCUCUGUGCGACCCUACCAGCCCUUUCCAGGCGCAUGCUGUAUGGCACGUUCUCAAUGCCAUUGCUAGUUUAUUGGUAUGGCUAGCCUUUGACAACUAUUGCUUGACAACAAGACCGUCACACCUUGAUGAUGAUGAUGAUGAUUGGAAGGUCAGCAUCAAGGAGGAGCCCGCGUCACCACCCAGCAUUCCAGCAGAAGCACUUGGUGAGAUUGGCAAGCUUCGUGACGAAUUUCACAAAGCUGUCGCCAAGGUAUUGACAGACGAAGGAUUGCCUCCACUGAACGCGGCCCAAUUGCAGGCCAUUGCCGUUGUGUAGCGCCUGGCUGGUAGUCGAACUGGGAAUGAUUCAAGAACUCAAAUGCUUUUGCUACCAGGUGAGCGUAUGGUAGGACACAGUCUGACGCAAUGCAAGGCUUUCACACAGCCCAACCAAUUUACUGAACACUUUCCAUGGAACAUCAACCUUCACUUUGUUUGAUUUGAAUCCAUGCAUUCUUAUCAUUCAAGUCAAGCUUGUUUAUUACUGCUUUGUUAGAACCUGCAUCAUAUGCCAGGAGUGGAACGUGUACUCUGAAACUUCCUCGUAGUAAUCCUUGUCAAAUGUCACCUUAUAUCCAAGACGCAGGUAGAAUUGAACAUUCCGCUCCAGCUGUGUUGUAAACUCAAUGUGAAUCUGUGGAUUUUCACCGGGCAUUUUGUUGACUUUUUGUUGUUCCUCUUCGAGGACCGAUCUCAAAGCCUUGCUUCCUAGACCCCGUCCUUGGAAAGAAGGAAGGACUGCCAUGCGUUCUAGCUUAAUCAUGUAGACUUUUUCUGAUUCUUCUUG